AUGUUCGAGCGCGAGUCGAAAGCGUUUCGUGAAGUAGUAGAAUAUUCCAAGCAAGAGUGGUUAGAUCGUGUUGGUAUAUGCCCUGACCACGAUAGACCAAAAACAUAUUAUAGAGGUCUUCGUCGUCAGGCUCUUCGCACGACAAGGGAGGAAACUGUACUUGAUGGAGCUUCGCAAUCUGCUUAUACAAUUUAAUGAUAAAGUAACGAUAGUUCAUGAUGAUAUUCCAGCUUCGAGAUCGGAAGGCUUUACUUAUCAGUCGAUAGACGAACGAGUCCUGUGACCACCAGUGCAGUGGAGUGCAGCGAUGUUCGUUCUGCUCGAAAUCAUCAAUUUUCUUCAAGUAUACUGCAUUGUCAGUAUAUUCUCGACGGCA